CCUAGAAUUCGGAGGGAACCAAAGGGCGUGGGGUUGAUCAUCUCACUGUGGAACUUUCCAUUCUUUCUCGCCACGAUGCCCAUUAUCGGCGCGCUCGCCGCAGGGUCCUGUUGGGUCCUCAAACCAUCAGAACUCUCCCCGAGUUCCUCAAAGAUCCUAGGGGUCCUCGUACCACGAUACCUGGAUCAGAGAGCAUGUAGGGUCAUCCAGGGUGGUGUGGAGGAGACUACAGCGCUCCUAGACCUCAAAUGGGACCACAUCUUCUACACAGGCAAUGCCCGCAGCGCCCGCCACAUAGCCCAAAAAGCCGCUGUGCACCUCACACCAACAACCCUCGAACUAGGCGGGAAGUGUCCCGUCCUUCUAGACCCCUCCUCCACGGACUUGGACCUGGCAGCGAAGAGGAUCUUGCCUGGGAAAUGCCUUAAGUCCGGAUGGGUACUAAAUUAUAGCUGUUUGCAUAGAGCUUGA